UCUAAUGUCUGAGAGGGGGGGGGGCAGGUUAGAGGCUCGCAGUCGUCGAGACUCGGGAUGUGUCGCAGUCCAGCAGGGAGUAGGAGUCGACUUACGUCGUGGGGAGAAGCGCCUCCGCCGUCGCCUCCAAGAUGUUGGUGAGCAUCCGCUAAAGAAAGCAGGACGGCGACAAUUCCAGCAUGCUGCAGCACUUACGACGGAAGCUGCGGCGGGACAAGACGGGCGGGGGGAAAAAAGGGUCCGCCGCCUCCCCCCCGGAACCGUCCCCCAUCGACCACCGCUUCAGCUCUUCGGUGCCCGACAUGCGAGACUUGAGGCGGGACGUCUACGGCCCCGUUGCCUCCUCGCCCUACCUCCGCAAGAGUCCCGCGCCCUGCUACAGCAGCCCGACCUCGCCACUGGCCCAUCCUGCCCGACGAGGUGGCUCAGGGGGGGGAGGGGAAGGAGGAGGAGGAGGAGGAGGGAGUCAGCACACACUGAGCGUGCCUGCAGAUGACACGGACUGGACGUCCUCUCAGGAGUCGUUCAACAGCGUGCACAUGGACGAGGGAUCCUCAACGUGGCAACGGCUAUCGACCCGAAGUGGCGGCGGGCCCGGCGGCGGCCUCGGCGGAAUAGAGGCUGAGGAGCUCGCCCUGCCCGAAAUGAUGACCGUGUACAGUCCGGACGGUGCGGACGACGGCUCGCAGUGUAACAUGGAGUCCUCCAGCAACUUUGAGGAUAGCAGAGACUCCCUGAGCUCCUUCCUGCUCACCAUCAACCUGAAGGAGGGACGGAAUCUUGUCAUCAGGGACCGCUGCGGCACCAGCGACCCUUACGUCAAGUUCAAAUUGGAAGGCAAGACCAUCUACAAGAGCAAAGUGGUCGUCAAGAAUCUCAACCCCAUGUGGAGUGAGAACUUUUCCAUCCCCGUCCGGAACCUCAGCCAGUGGCUCUACGUUAAGGUGUACGACCGUGACCUGACCACCGACGACUUCAUGGGCUCGACCAGCAUCCUCCUCAGUGAACUGGACCUGGACAAUGUCAACGAGCUGUGUCUGCGUCUGGACGACCCCAACAGCCUCGAGGACGACAUGGGCGAGAUUCUGCUGGACAUAAGCCUCAAGCGAAGAGAUGAAGGCAGCCGCCGUGGACCACGCUGGCCACAAAUCCGAAAACGCAGUAGUCGGAGCACGAGGCUGUCUGAGGCGCUGAUUAAGAGCCAGCUGUGGACUUCGGUGGUCAAGGUGACGCUGGUGGAGGGGCAGGACGUUCCCGCGGACUCGCCGACCGGACAGGUCUUUGUCCGCUUCCGGCUGGGCGAGCAGCGAUACAAGAGCAAGAAUGUCGGCAUGGUGUCCAAGCCUCAGUGGAGAGAGAAGUUCACCUUGAACUACUUCCAGGACGGCACCAGCAUGCUGGAUGCGGAGGUUUGGUCCAAAGAGGGGCGACGGUCUGAGGAGUGUUUGGGAGUGUGUGAGGUGGAUCUUUCUGGCGUCCCCCUAGAUGAGAGGCAACACUUCACGCUGUCGUUGGACUCGGGCCGAGGACGUCUGGUUUUCCUGGUCAUGAUCAGCACCUGUAGCGGGGUGUCCAUCUCGGAUCUCUCCGUGGCGCCCCUCGACGAUCCGGCCGAGCACCAGAACCAGCUGGACAACUUUGGCCUUCAACGGUCCCUGAAGAACAUCAGCGAUGUGGGCUUUCUCCAAGUCAAAGUCAUCAGGGCCUGCGACCUGAUGUCCGCCGAUCUCAACGGCAAGAGCGACCCCUUCUGCGUUUUGGAACUCUGCAACGACAGGCUGCAGACGCAUACCGUCUACAAGAGCCUCCAGCCCGAGUGGAAGAAAGUCUUCACCUUUCCCGUGUGGGACGUCCACGAGGUUCUCCUGGUGACAGUUUUCGACGAGGACGGAGACAAAGCUCCGGACUUCCUGGGAAAAGUGGCCAUUCCUCUGCUCUGGAUCCGCAGCAGGCAGCAGAUCACCUUGCCCCUGAAGAAGGAGGACUUGGGCGGCCUGAGCAAAGGAAACAUCACGCUGGAGCUGGAGUUGAUUUUCAACCCCAUCCGUGCCAGCAUAAGAACAUUCCAGCCCCGGGAGAGACAAUUCAUGGAAGAUAAUCCCAAAUUUUCCAAAAAGGCUCUAGCCAGGAACGUGCAGCGCGUGCGGGCGCUCUACCGGGCCAUCACGUCCACCCUGCAGUACGUCAAGAGCUGCUUCCAGUGGGAGAGCGUCCAAAGGAGCCUGCUGGCCUUUGUGGUGUUCCUGUUGAUGGUGUGGCACUGGGAGUUCUAUAUGCUUCCCCUCAUCCUGGUCCUGCUCAUCUCAUGGAACUACGUACAGAUCUGCUCCGGGCAAGACAGUCAAGACCUGAGCAGUAUGGACGUAGGUGACGAAGAGGAGGACGACGAGAAGGAGUCCGAGCGCCGAGGUUUGAUGGAGAAGAUCCACAUGGUGCAGGACAUCGUCAUCAGCCUUCAGACCUUCCUGGAUGAGAUGGCCAACUUCGGGGAGCGGAUUAAAAACACGUUCAACUGGUCGGAGCCCUUCCUGUCCAGCCUGGCUUUGCUGCUCUUUAGUACGGCCACUGUGCUCACCUAUUACAUCCCACUGCGCUACAUUGUCUUAAUAUGGGGCAUCAAUAAAUUCACCAAGCGAUUGCGCAACCCUUUCGCCAUCGACAACAACGAGGUGCUGGACUUCCUGAGCAGGGUACCUUCAGAUGUACAGAAGGUGCAGUACAGCGAACACAAAAGCGUUAAGAAAAAGAAGACAACGUAAACCGACCAAGACUGAGGACUCGCCCACCUUUUACCUUUAAGGACUUUGCUUUAGCUCUUUUUUAAUGAACUUUUUACUUUUCAAUACUUUUGAGAACCGAAACCACACAACAACAAAGGACAGGUUUGUUUACUUUUUAUUUCAUUUUCUACAAUUUGAUGUAUUCAUGUUUUUAUGUAUUAUAUAUAAAGAUACACCUCUAAAAAAAUAUUUAUUAUUGCCUGGCAUUACAACGGCAAUAAAUUUAGACUUACACAAAA